AUGGAGGAAGACACUGUUCCUGUGGAGGAAGCCUCUUCGGCUUCGGAAGCACCGCGACCUGGGAGAUACGACCACCUGUCCAAAGAAAUGCAGGAGUUCUACGUGGGCGUGCCAUACAGCUGGGAAUACGUGGAGGACAGCAGGGGGUGGUUCAUCAUCGAGACGAGCAAAGGAUAUAAAUUCUACUUCAACAAAAAAACGAGCGAAAAGACGUGGAAGUGCCCAAAGGAGAUAGAAAUUUUGCUGAAUAAAAAGCAAAGUGUUAAUCCAGUUUGUGAAUCAGGGGAGAGAAACCCUACAGGGGAUGAUCACCUUCAUGGUAUAAUGGAAAUUGACUCACACACAAGGGGGAUUAAUUCAAGUGAUCUAUCCAACAUAACAAGGGGACAAGGGAAACAAGAGAAAGAAAAUAUGGAACAAAUUCUCAUGGACUAUAAAAACCUUCUCAUCGAAAAAAACAUAGAUCAAUUUUGUAGAUAUGAAAACGUGUUGGCUCACCUUCUCUAUGAUGAAAGGUACCUGAAGGUACCAAAGGAACUGAGGAAGGAAUAUUUUAAUAAUCUUGUAAAGGAAAUUGACUGUGACAGAAGAAGAGAGCUCAAAAUGUUAGUAGAGAAUUUCCAAAGUUUAUUGUGUAAGAUGGAAGGUGAACUUCGGUACCCCUUUCAAGAGGCAGACGCCAUAUCCAUUUUGAGGGGUGAAAAAGCAUUCAAAGGGAAUGGAACAAAAAAUUGGAAUGCGACAAGGAUCAAAUUGUUAAGGGAGUUUUUACAAAAGAAAAAAAAAAACAUGGAAAGAGAAACGGAGGAAAAAUUGGAACAAGUUUUACUUGACGCCUUGAGAGGGGAAAGUCCAGGGGCGUGGAUUAAAAUAAAAAAUAAUUUACUACGAAAUAGCAAGUAUGACAUUUUAUCCUUUGAAAAAAAAAACCAAAUAUUUCAAAGUGUAAGUCAAAAGUUGUUGGCCAAGCGGAAAGGAGAAAAUCGACAUGGAGAUUCCCUCUCAGGUACUAUGCGGUCGAAUUAUCGUGCGAAUACGAUUAAUGACGAGAGAAAUGUUUUUGUGAGCCUCCUGCAUGAGAAGGUAAAACACCCAGUUAUAGACGAAGCCAUUUUGAAGCAAGACUCAUUUACGGCAAAAAAGGUCGACUCCUUUGAGGAGGCCAUGAAAAUUCCUACUGACCUCACAACAGAUGACAGGUACAAAAAUAUACGUCUAACGGAUACGGAAAAAUUAAACUUAUACAGAGAAUUUAUUAUAAGCUACAUAAAUAUGAAGAAAGACACAUUCGAAAAAAUGCUUCAUGAACUUCCAAUAAAUUAUAUGAACGAUUCUGUGGAUGACAUUAUAAAGAUGGUUGAUAAGAAUGACAGAAUCUUUAAGUCCUUACCAUCAGUACAUUUGGAAAAUGUGUUCUCAAAAUGGAGAACAUACAAAAUUAAGGAAGCUAAAAAAAUGUUUGCAGAUUUUUUGAAGAAAUCCAAUUGGGUUAAACACGACUCCGAUGAGCAGAGCAACUACGAUGCGCUCCUCAAACUUCUGUCGCAGGACAUCAGCUACCAACGACUCAAGUGCGUACCCGCAGAGAGAGAAGAAAUGGUGAUGAAGCGCAUAAGGGAGUUAAAGGAAGAGCACAAGAAGAAUAAGAACUUAGCAGAAAGGCUGAACCGUUGA